UGAAAGCCGCAGCAUCGCUUCGUCCGCUGCAGAAUCUCGGAAGCAGAACAAAAUCGACUUCUUGUCACGUUUAGCACAUUUUUGUUUCGUUUUUAUUCCAUUUCGCGCGUUGUGACGACAUUUUGAGUUCUAGCAGGAGUUGGAAGCCGUACAGGUGCUGACACAGCAGGACGCCGCAAUGGUGCGUUUAAGUGUCGCUUUUAACCACCGGCGAUGACGUCAGAGUGUCCGUUUUCUGCCCCGGUAAAUAUCCCGGUGGGCUGAGGCGAUGCUGCACAGCGGGUGCUCGGUUGCAGGUGCAUGGCCCAGCUGACGUCACAGCCGACGUGACAGCUAGACCGCCAGCAUGCUUCCCGGUGUCGGCGUGUUCGGAAGCAGUUUGACCGCCAGAGUCGUCAUUCCGCUGCUGAAGCACGAAGGAUUUUCCGUGAAAGCUCUGUGGGCUCACACGCAAGAGGAGGCGGAGGAGCUCGCCAAGGACAUGGACGUCCCGUUUUUUACCAACCGGAUCGAUGACGUGCUGCUGCAUCAGGACGUCGACCUGGUUUGCAUCAACCUUCCGCCGCCUCUGACGCGCCAGAUCGCCGUUAAAACGUUGGGUAUUGGAAAGAAUGUCAUCUGUGAUCGCACAGCAACUCCCCUUGAUGCUUUUCGUAUGAUGUCUGCUGCUCAGUACUACCCUAAACUGCUAAGCAUUAUGGGUAAUGUCUUACGCUUCCUGCCAGCCUUCGUUCGCAUGAAGGAGCUGUUCGAGGAAGGAUACAUAGGAGAGCUUCUUGUUUGUGAGGCACAGGUGCACAGUGGAAGUCUGCUAGGUAAGAAGUACAACUGGAGCUGUGAUGACCUGAUGGGUGGCGGCGGCCUGCACUCAGUAGGAAGUUACAUCAUCGACCUGCUCACCUUCUUGACGGGUCAACGGGCGUCCAAAGUUCACGGCUUCUUGAAAACCUUUGUCAAGCAGACAGAAAACAUCAAAGGCAUCCGUCAGAUCACCAGCGAUGACUUCUGCACGUUCCAAAUGGUUCUAGAAGGAGGCGCCUGCUGCACCGUCACACUGAACUUCAACGUUCCUGGAGAGUUUCGUCAAGAAGUGAUGGUGGUGGGGACAGUCGGCAGGUUGACGGUCAGAGGGGUGGACCUGUUUGGGCAGAAGAACAACGGCGGUCAUGAACUCCUCCUCAGAGACACAACACCUCUCGAAAAAGCUUCGUUACCGGAAAAAGCCUUCAGUGACAUCCCUGCUCCGUACCUGACCGGAAUGAUCAGAAUGAUCCAGGCGGUGAGGCUGGCCUUUCAGGACCAGGAAGACAGGAGGACAUGGGACAGCAGGCCUUUGACAAUGGCCGCCACCUUUGAGGAUUGUCUUCAUGCUCUUUGUGUUGUAGACACCAUCAAGAAGUCCAACCAGUGCGGAGAAUGGCAGAGCAUCAACAUCAUGACGGAAGAACCUGAGGUCAGCCCGGCGUAUCUGAUCAGUGAGGCCAUGCGGCGAAGUCGAAUGUCUCUCUACUGUUAGAAUCUUACUGCAGCAAAGGAUGAUGGGAGAAUCUUACUGCAGAAAAGGAUGAUGGGAGAAUUUUACAGCAGCAAAGGAUGAUGAGAAAUUCUUACUUCAGCAAAGGAUGAUGGAAGAAUCUUACAGCGGCAAAGUAUGAUGAAAGAAUCUUACUGUAGCAAAGGAUGAUGGGAGAAUCUUACUGCAGCAAAGGAUGAUGGGAGAAAUAUGUUCUUCAUGACAUCAACAUUAUUUGCUGCUGUCAAACUACUGACUGGGUCUUCUUGUAGAAAUCAUAACAAGCAAUCACAACUUUAUUUAUAAAGAUGCCUUUUUCCCGUCUAAAAGCUUUCAUACGAUGAAGUAAAAAUGAUUAUUACUUAGUGAACAUGAAAGGACUUUUGUUACAUGUUACAUGGUGUUACAUGUUUACACCAGGGGUGUCCAAAGUGGGGAGCCAAGAUUGUUUUAUUCCUCUUUGGCAUGUUCUAAAAGUACAAUUUAACAAAAAACGCAUUUUAAAAAUGCAGUCAUUUUAUGUGCAGGAAAUCAUCAAAGUUGUAUUCUUAUGAGAUAUUGUUUUGUAAUUUUGCGAUAAUAAGGUCGCAACGAAUCAUUUUCAAAGCAUUAGGUUAAAAUAAUUGGUUAUUUUUAAACAAAACGAAGAAUAAAGUAAAGUAAUAAUAAAGUCGAAAAUUAAGUCAAAAUAUCAUGAAAACAAAAUCGUAAUUUUACGAGAACAUUUCGAAAAAGUUGUAAAAUAAAAGAAAACAAUAACAGCAAAAGUGUAAUAAGAAUAAGGUUGUUUUUCAGCUAUAACACAAUUCUGAGUUACAGAAUGUUGAUGUUUUUAAAAGUACAGUCAAACACGUCGAUAGCAGCCACAAAAAUGUACCCUCCCGGGGAAUGUAUUGUUAUAAAUCUUGUUUAAUGUGGCCACUUUUUUUGUCCCAGAAUAUGUUUUUUUUUACUCCUCAUAGCGACCACUAAUAUCAAAAUCUUUGCAAUGAUAUGAUGCAUGAUGUUAAUAUAUAGAGUCUCAGUUAAAAUAAAUGCAAUACAAUACAAAUCAAAUGUCUUUUUUUCCCCCACGGAAAA